AUGUCUGUAACCACAAGACAACCACAAGUUGACUUAAGAUUUUUUGAACUUUCAACAACAAUAGCUCUCAUAGAUGCUAUUCGUAAAUCUUUGAUGCAAGAUCUUUCACGCAAAAAUAAAAAAUUCAAAAACACAACUUCGAGAGAACUGUCAAUAUUUCUUGGAAGACUUCAGAUAUUCCAGGAAGAAAAAUUAGGAACGCGCCUAAAAGUUCCAAAAAAAGCCUCAUUUCCAACAAAAAUACCCUCAAAACUUUUCAAAUUUGGAUCUGCUACUAUUCCCACGACCAAAUCACCGAUUUAUCACAUUCUAAAAUCGGCUUAUAAAUUCAAAUAUUCGAAAAAAUGGGAAAAGUGGGACUGGGAUAACAUAGAAGAGAUCACAGAGUUGAUUUCAAUUCUUAGAAAUGUUUUAAUCGAAAAGAAGAUAAUUAAGAUACCUAUAAUAAAGUUUAGUCCAUCACUUGAUUCAAAGCGUCAAGUAACUGACAAUGAUAAAAAUGUUACUCAUGUAAUUCACAAAUCAAACGAUUAUGAAGAUCAGGAUGAAGAAUGGUUUAGAACUUUGGAAAAGAAAGAUGGCAAAGUUCUUAUACACUGGUGGUAUUAUCCAGAUUCAUAUGAUACUUGGGUUGAAGAAACAUCUGAGCAUGCCAAUCCAGAACCAGCUCCUGUAAAUAAUGGUCCAUGGAAUGUUGGUGAGCGAUGGAUAACUGACGGCAUCAAGUUUAAUGAGUGGAUGAAUGAAGAAGACUAUGAAAUAUCUAAUAUUGAUAAUGGUGAAAAUGAAUCAGGCGAAGAAAAUGGUGGGAGUAAAGAGGAAGUGGUGAUUAAUUCAAGAAAAAGACAAUAUAAAAAGAAGGAAAGCCAUGAGAACGACAAUAAAGAUAAAGUUGAUUAUAAAGGCAAUCGUAAUAAUGAUAAAAAUAAAGAAAAAUCAUUGACAUCAGAAACACACUCACAGCUUAAACCACAAAAGCGUACUUUAGAUCAGAUGCAAGAAUCAAAUACUGCUGAUAAAAUAAAAAACAAUAUUGAAUUUCGUCCAAUAGUAGCAUUAAAACGAGCUAGAGUUAAAUCACCAGAGGAAUUUAAAACACUAUUUGCUGAUAUUGAAAAAGAAGUAUCAGACUUGAAUUUACCCCAACAAAAAAUGAAUGAAUAUAAUCCUAGUUUAAAUGAAUAUAUAGAACUGAAUGAAAAGUUUAAUGAACAAUCUUCACCCAAAAUCGGCGAAAACUUACCAAUCCAAGGCAACGUUAUGGCCGAUAAUACCACAAUCCAAGAAGUAUCCACAGACAAUCGCGGCCCUGAUGAUAACAAUUCAUUAGAAAAUGCUGAUUUGACCAAACCUGAAGAUCCUAAUGAAGGUUUUUAUGACGAAGCUCGGGAAUUUUUAUCAGAACAAACACAUGAAACAAUAAUGCCAUCAUACUCUGCAUGGUUUGAAUUCAACAAAGUUCAUGAAAUUGAAGAGAAGGCUUUGAUUGAAUAUUUUAACAACAAAAAUAAAUCCAAAACUCCUGAAAUCUAUAAGGAAUUUAGAAAUUUUAUGAUUAACACCUACCGUCUUAAUCCUCGAGAAUACUUGUCAGUUACUGCAUGUCGUAAAAAUUUGCCAGGUGAUAUUUGUGGAAUUAUUCGUAUUCAUGCUUUUUUGGAACAAUGGGGAUUAAUUAAUUAUCAGCCUGAAUUCGGUUCGUACAAUUAUUCUGCUGUGCCUCCAUUAAUCGGGAAAUUCAAAAUUACAGCCGAUAUGCCCAAAUGUAUUCAACCUUUUCCUCAAAAUGAUGCUCGUGCUGAAAUUGUUAAUAACGUUCAAAAAACACCAAAUACCAAAAAAGUUUUUAAAGUUUCUGAUUCUUAUAAUCCCAACCCAAUUUUAAUUAUCCAAAACAUUUAUAACGCUAAGAUCAUCAAUGAUAAUAAGGAUGUAACUGAUCAGAAUAAGAAAGCAAAAGAGAAAGAUCAUAGCUGGACGGAUGCUGAAACUUUAUCUCUUCUCGAGGGAGUAGAAUUGUAUGGUGAAAAUUGGAAUAUGGUGGCUCAACAUGUUGGUGCAAAAUCAAAGGAUCAAUGCAUUUUACACUUUCUUGAACUCCCGAUUGAGGAUCCUUUGAAGUUUACUAAAGUUUCAAAUACAAAACCAUCAUCGUCUGAUUCUUUCAUGCCAUUUAGUCAUAUAGCUAAUUCUGGUUUAUUUGACGUAGAUGCCAAAGAAGUAAACCUCAUGGCGAAAACAAUUACAAAUAAUUCUGAUUCUAAAACUGAAAAGGCUAAACAUCAAAAGAAUGAAAAGUAUCAUUUGGCUAAUGCAAUAAUGGAAAGUAGAUUCAAGAAGCUUGAACUUAAGCUUCAACAAUUUGAAGAAUUGGAGAAGUUAAUCGAGGAAAACAAGAGAGAAUUACAACAACAAACCAAUGAAUUUUUUCGUGAAAAAUUUCAAUACCAAAAAGAGAUUUAUUUGGAUAAAGCAUAUUUAUAUUAA